CAAAUCCAAAGCUUUCGCGCCGAAACAAGGAUUUCUGCAGCUAAUGCGUGACACAGACAUUCAAGAACUACAUAUCCUUCUUGGUAAAUUAUUGCUAGCAGAUGUUUUACCCCAAACAUAUCUUUGCUUCUCUCCUCACCGUCUUAAUCACCCAUUCACACAUUAAACCAAGAUGGCCAGCUUGACUCCUGUCCCUGUAACUCUUCCCAAAGACAAAGUCCCGACUAAAAGAAAUGUCAGAGAUAUUGUCGGCGCUUUCCUGACAAAGGAAUGGCAGUCCGUGGACCCGGAGACCCUGACCAUGUCAUACCAUGCAUCAUUUGCGAACGCCCACUGUCCCGUGGAGCGGCCAAAGCCGGCUAUUGGCACACCUACUGAGACCUUGAAGGUGUUCAUCAAAUUCCAUAAUGACACCGGGGGAGUCCUGGAUAUUUUUAAGCAUCUAGCGCCAAGCAAGCAUGAGGAAGCGCUCCUCUGCUACGAGUACGGUCGGUCCGGACUAGGAGCCAAAGUCUAUGGAUUCUUCAAGACAUUGGACGGCACACUCGGGAGGAUCGAUGAAUUCCUAGAUGCACGGAACAUGGAACCGAAGGAUGUGGAGAAUCCGAUCAUCCGAGCGGAUGUUGCGAAAGGGCUGGCAACCUUCCAUGUCUUAAAGACGUCUCUGGAAAGAACGACAGUGGAUUCAUACUAUGAAGCCGCCAUCAAUGGACUCAGGAAAUACCACAAGAUGGACAAGUUGAAAGCACUUGGGAGAGAAGGAGGUGUCGAUAUCGACAAACUGGUUGACUACGACUUUGGGACGAGACUGGGAAAAGUGGUGGACAAGCUGGCAUCCAUAGGAGGAAAGCCAGGAUGGUGUAUUCAUGAUGUUCAGUUCAUGAACACCAUGGUGAAGAAUGACCCAAAGGAGGGGGAGAGUAAAGUCGCCUUGAUCGAUUUUGAGUUCGUGAUGCAGAAUUAUAGAGCAUUUGACAUUGGUGGGCACUUCAUGCAAAAGAUGUUCAAAUGGUUUGACGAGGGGAGCAAGAUAGCGAAGUGCAGGAAAUAUACGGAAGAGGAGAAGAGGCACUUUUGUGAGGAAUAUGCCACGCAGUGGAACAAAUCGACUGGUGAUUCAGAUACCGCAGAACAGGUGUUCCUAGAAUCCGAAUACGGGUAUAUGCUGGCUAUCAGUUUUGACAUCCAUAACAUGCUGUGCUUCAUGGAUGAAAAGGAUGACAAGGACCCCUUGAAUCUGCUCGGACUAAACAAGCUGUUCGAUGAGUUUGUGGGUCAAUAUGCCAAACUUAAUCUGGAAGAUUUAUGAUACAAGGGGUGGACAUGCUCUCCUCUAUUGUUGUGUU